CAGACUCGGACACGGGCGACACAUCAGCGGUGUCGUCUCCUCGUAGAUUCCUGAAGAUCUUACUCAGGCUGGUCCGGUUCCUGACAUCCUGAGACAAACCAGAGCAGUCAGGAGGAAGAGACACCAGCAGGAUGAACUCUCACUGAGCCAGCAGCUUCACUGAGCCAGCAGCUUCACUGAGCCAGCAGCUGCACCCUAACCACCUGAAAACACCUCUUUGACAGCACAGACAGACUCCAAACAGAUUGCGGUGGUUUGAGACACCACCUCCUCCUACCCAGACACCAUGACGUCCUCUAUGCUCCGCCGGCAGCUGAAGAACCUGGUCCAGAACUACUCUGAGGCCGAGGUCAAGGUGAGGGAGGCGACAUCUAACGACCCAUGGGGUCCAUCGAGCUCUCAGAUGGCCGACCUCUCGGAUCUGACCUACAAUGUGGUGGCCUGCAACGAGAUCAUGACGAUGCUUUGGAAACGGCUGAAAGAUGACAAAAACUGGAGACACAUUCACAAGUCCCUGACUCUGCUGGAGUACCUGUUAAAGACCGGCGACGAUCGUGUGCUUCUGAAAAUGAAAGACAACAUCUACAUCGUCAAAGCCCUCACAGAGUACCGCUUUGUGGAAAAGGACGGCAAAGAUCAGGGGACAAAUGUGAGAGAGAAGGCCAAGGUUGUCCUGGUUCUCAUGGAGGACGAUGACAAACUAAAGGAGGAGAGAGACUUUGCCGUCAAGACCAGAGAGAAGACAUCCAAAGGUUCCGGUGCCUCGUCCACCGAUGCCGUCAAGGAUCCCACCUACAAGCCAUGCUAUGUUGCCGGGACGUCAGGGCUUCCAUCGUUAGACAACAUACCGUCUGUGGCCGACUUGACUGCUUCUUUUGCUGCCCGCAAAGAAGAGCGCCUCAAACAGGAAGCAGAGAAGAAGGACGCAGAGAGAAGGGCCAAGUUGAGUGAAGACGAGCUGAAAUGGGAGGACGCAGCCAAAGCCGAUGGAGCUAAAGGAGCUGCCUGGGGAGGAGAGAAAGCAGAGGAGGAGGAGGAGGUUAAACAAGACGCAUGGGGAGCCCCCAAAGAACCUAAAGAGGCUACAGAUCCAUGGGGCACGCCCGCAAAACCUGACACAACUGACACACCUGCAAGCAGUGAUGCCUGGGGGGCUCCAGCCAAAACAGAAGAAGAUCCAUUUGCAGCCCCAAAAACUGAGGAAGAUCCAUUUGCUAAGCCAAAGAAUGGAGAAGAUCCAUUUGCAGCACCAAAGGACGAACCUGAUCCGUUCAGCGCAUCAAUAGACGACCCUUUCAAUGCUCCAAAAGAUAGUUCAGACCCCUUUGGUGCACCCAAAGAAGAUCCAUUCACUGCUCCAAAAGAUAAACCAGAUCCUUUCAGUUCCUCUAAUAAUGAUCCGUUCAACGCUCCAAAAGAUGAUCCGUUCAACGCUCCAAAAGAUGAUCCGUUCAACGCUCCAAAAGAUGAUCCGUUCAACGCCACAAAAGAUGAUCCGUUCAACGCCACAAAAGAUGACCCGUUCAACGCUCCAAAAGAUGAUCCGUUCAACGCCUCAAAAGAUGAUCCGUUCAACGCUCCAAAAGAUGACCCGUUCAACGCCUCAAAAGAUGACCCGUUCAACGCUCUAAAGGAUGAUCCAUUCAAAUCCAAAGAUGAUCCAUUCAACGCUUCAAAGGAUGACCCUUUCAAUGCCCCUAAAGGUGAUCCAUUUUGUGCCCCUAAAGAUGAUCCUUUCUCUGCACCAAGUAAGCCCUCCCAAGACGACCCCUUUACUGCAACAACACCGCCCAAAGAUGAUCCCUUUGGAGCACCUAUCACACCACCUAAAGCUGAUCCAUUCUCUGCACCAUCCCCACCGGCAAACAACGACCCUUUUGCUGCAGUAACGCCCCCUAAAGAGGAUCCUUUCUCCGCACCCACCAAACAAACAACAGAGGAUCCUUUCCUUUCUCCAACAACACCGCCCAAGGGUGAUCCCUUUGGAGCACCUAGCACACCACCUAAAGAGGAUCCAUUCUCUGCACCGUCCCCUCCUGCAAAAGACGACCCUUUCACUGCACCAACAACACCACCGAAGGAAGAUCCUUUUUCCGCACCCACCAAACAAACAAAAGAGGAUCCUUUCGCUUCUCCAACAACCCCACUAAAAGAGGAUCCUUUCUCUGCAUCGUCCAAACCUCCUACAGACGACCCUUUUGGUGCACCAACAGCACCGUCUAAAGAGGACCCGUUUGCAUCGCCAACCAGCCCACCAAAAGAUGGUGCCUCAGAUCCCUUCAACGCCCCUCUGCUGAGCUCACCCCAAGGCGGUGCAGACGCAUGGGGAGCCCCGACUAGCCCUCCAGCUGACAGCAGUUCCGAUCUUUGGGGGGCACCAUCUGCUCCAAAUGAAGCCAAGGGUGGAGAUCCCUGGGGAGAUGGGACAAGCGCCGCCUCACCUGGUGACCAUUCGGAUGCAUUUGGGGAUGCGUCCAAACCGGACAAUGAUCCCUGGGGAUCGACAGCAACAGCUCCAGUUAGCGCGGACGAUGCGUGGGGUGCACCUGCCCCACCCUCAGACUCGUCCCCAUCUAGCGACCCCUUUGGAGACGGGGCAUCUAAAAAAGCGGAUCCAUGGGGAGCACCGAGCAAUGCGCCUAGCAAUGGAACAGGAACUCGAGCGGCGCAGGAAAAGGAGUUCCACAGAAAGACUGCUUCAUUUCUGGGCACUGCCGGGGCGUCGCUCGUCGACUUGGACGAUCUAUUUUCCUCUAACCCCAAACCCCAACAGCAACCCCCCGUUAACGUGCUCGCCACACAGACACACGCCAUCGGCGCUUUCAAAGCCCGGGCCAUGACACCCAGGCCUGUGGUCGGAUCAGGUUCUGCUGCUGCUGCAGGGAUGUCCUUUCACCAAACUUCAACCCCAUACUGCCUUCCAUUUGGUUCCACUUUUGCAGCAGCUUCUCCUUCCAAUGAAAAUCCACUAUUUCAGCCGCCGUCCCAAACCACGAGAAGGUCUUAUUCAGGCUUCAGUACGCCUCAGCCGGGUCAGCUGACUCCGACGUACUCAGGAACUGGAGUGGUACAGUCCGCUUCAGUGGGAGGGAAUCCAUCAAUUGGACUAAACAUGAACCAAGACCGCAGGGGGGUGGGGAUGAUGACACAGGCCGGACCUCUGGUUGGGACUCCCUUGUCCGACCCUCUCUUUUGGGGAAAAGGAACGGAUCAGUCCGCUGUCUUUGGAGGGAAUUGGCCAGCAGGAGCUCAGUUUGGAGGAUCCACUCCACACGAAGGGGGCGGAGUCUCAUUACAGCAGCAGUGGAUCCCGGGGAGCGGGUCGGGCGAGGUGGCCAACCAAAACAAUAAUCCAUUCCUGAUCUGACCCAUCAUGCGAUAUCCUUUAGACUACACCUCAUUGUUACACACGUUUAGUCUUUGUGUCCCUCACAGUCAGCGUUUGGUUUUCUUUGUUCAUGUUUAUAAAGAAACUCAACUGUUUAACACCUCUCAGCAACACAGCGAUGGAAGUGCACAGACAAAACAAGACCCCAAAUAUUGAUAUUUGACCAGAUCUUGAUUUAAAAGCUUCUCACAAAUAUUAGAAAACCUUGAAUGCAUCAUUACAAGACUGACCAUUGGCCGGGCUCAGUCCAAAAUCCUUACUCAUUUUGAAAGCUACGAGGGGGGGGGAGAGAAAUUGCAUUAAUUAGUUGGCGAUGUUUCGUUGCCAUGGUAAUAGGGCGCCUAGGAUGUCUCUUUUUGUUGCUGUGGUAUAAAAACGUUGUUUGACUUUUACUUGGAUCGUAAUGAAGUUUGUAAAAUCUGUUAUCGUGGCAACAAGACCGCUCGGCUUCUAUAUGGAAUCUUCUCCCUCUGUUCUUUAUUAUAGUCAUCACCCAGGUUGAAAUCUUUAACACCAAAUGUUUUGUGAUUAUUAUUAAAGACUGGAGAUGCAGACAACCCAAAUUUACACAUAAAUCUGAGCCACUCAUUGAGGUCGCUCAAGCUCCCAGAACAGAUUCCUCCUCUGACGCUCAGACGCUGCUCGUACUCUGAGCCUCAGAGUCUUCACUGGACUCGACUUGUAAUGAUGUUAUCACAUUGGUGGACUGAAAUCACUGAGAGGCUGAAAGGUGGCAAACAUUCAAACCUUAAUGUUUUUCCUUUUUGUAAACGCUUCUCACAUGUUAACAUGAAAAACCUUCAAACAAAUCCAUCAGCUCCUCUCACUGCAAAAACCCAAACCUUAGCGAGGGAUUAGUCUAACUUAUCAUAAAUAUCUUAUCGUUUACAUCUACACUCACCACAGCACACUGAAAAGUUAAAGGAAGAAUGUGCGACUUUUUGAUCCAGUAGAUGGUGCCGUUGAGCACCAGCAUGAAACCAAAACAAACUUCUGUUAGACCACGCCUCCUUUAUACUGAAGCCUCCGCCCUCUUACAGAGACACACCUCCAACCCCUCUGUACUUAAAUUUACACUAAGAAGUUUAGCACAAGCGGUGGACAAAAUAGCCCUUUACUCGAGCUGCAAUUACCUGUGUCCUGCAUUGUUGUGUUAGCAUGCUAAUGUUAGCGCUCUGUAGUUAGCUCGUAGCUU